AUGGAGGACGAUCUCAAGCCAUACACCAGCUCGAGCGAGGAACUUCCUCAGUAUGUUCGUCGCCGCCAUGUCCCCGAUGUCCCCGAGGAUGUCGACUACAUGAUGGAGCACCUCAACGACCCGAACCUCGAGCUCAAGCGGCCACUCAUGAAGCCGCAGUCCGUCAAGGACAAACAAUACGCCCCGUCGGAUGCGGAUGCAGAGUCAUCUGACCGCUACUCUAUGCCAUCGAGGGCAGGCUCAAGGGACUCUACGGCAAUUGAGUUUGACGAUGAGUCCCCCUACCCUGAAGUUCGCGCUGCAGUCUCGAGCGUCGACGAUCCCUCUAUGCCAGUCAACACAUUCCGCAUGUGGUUCCUCGGCAUCUUGUUAACGAUUCUUUUGGCUGGCGUCAACCAAGUUUUCGCAUUCAGAGCUCCCUCCGUCUUCAUUACGAGCAUUGUCGGUCAGCUUAUCUCACUGCCCAUGGGUAAAUUCCUCGAAUGGGCCUUGCCGACAACACAGUUCAAGACAUUUGGUUAUGUUUGGUCGUUCAAUCCGGGGCCGUUCAACAUCAAGGAACACGUUUGCAUUACCGUUAUGAUCAACGUUGCCUAUAUUGGUGCUUAUGCGACGGACGUUCUCGCAACUCAGCAAAUGUACUACCACCAGCGUCUUCCCUGGAGCUACCAGAUUCUCCUCAUUCUCGGGACACAAGUCUUUGGGUUCUCCAUGGGUGGAAUGCUUCGCCAGUUUGUUGUAUGGCCCGCGUCCAUGAUCUGGCCCAGUGCCCUCGUGAACGCCGCACUGUUCAACACUCUGCACAAGAACUACGGCAAGCGCGACCGCGGGCACAUGACUCGCGAGCGAUUCUUCCUCAUGUUCCUUGUUGGAAGUUUUGUGUGGUACUUCGUGCCGGGCUAUCUCUUCACUGCCCUUUCCGUUUUCAACUGGGUUUGCUGGAUUGUGCCCACCAAUCAAGUUGUCAAUAUCUUGUUUGGAGCGAAUACUGGUCUGGGAAUGAGUGUUAUCACUUUUGAUUGGGCUAUGAUCUCGUUUAUCGGCAGUCCUUUGGUAACCCCAUGGUGGUCCCAAAUGAACACGAUUGCGUCUGUGAUCAUUUGCUUCUGGCUGGUGGUGCCUAUCAUGUACUUCAAGAAUGCCCUUUAUACGGCUUACCUCCCAUUGUCGGCAUAUGUGUCGUUUGACAACACGGGAAUGCCCUACAACAUCUCGGCCGUUGUUCGCGACGGACAAUUCGACUCUGAGCUAUACGCUGCAUAUUCGCCAAUCUUCAUGACAGCAGCCCUGUGCAUGGCCUACUUCGUCUCCUUCGCCUCCUUUGGCGCCAUCUUUACUCACACUUUCUUGUGGUUUGGUCGUGAUAUUGUUCGCCGCUUCCGAGCAAGUCUGAAGGACGAACGAGACAUUCACUCUCGGCUUAUGAUGACCUACCCAGAAGUUCCCGCUUGGUGGUACAUCGUCGUCGGUGUUCUCUCCACCGUCUUCAUCUUCGUGGCUGUCGAGAUAUUCCCCACGCUUCUACCCAUCUGGGCUGCGGCACUCGCACUCAUCAUUGCCAUGCUCGCCACCAUUCCUCUUGCGAUGCUUCAGGCCAUCACCAACCAACAUGUCGCUCUCCAAGUCGUCGAGGAAAUGAUUAUUGGUUACGCUCUUCCGGCUCGUCCAGUCGCCAAUAUUGUUUUCAAAGCCAUUGCAUAUACCGGAACCGCCCAGGCUGUUGCAUUUGCUGGUGAUCUCAAGCUUGGCCACUACAUGAAAGUUCCUCCAAGGAUGAUGUUCCUCGUCCAAAUGAUCUCGUGCAUCAUUACUUGCUUUGUUGUCACCGCAACACAAAGCUGGAUGCUUGGAAACGUCGCAGGCAUCUGUACCUCCGAUGCACCCAACGGCUUCGUCUGCCCGUCCACACGGGUCUUCGCCACCGCUUCGAUCACGUGGGGUGGUAUUGGGCCUGAGCGUCUCUUCAGCUCUGGGGGAAUGUACAACGCGCUCCUCUACGGCUUCCUAUUUGGUGCUCUUGCACCAAUCCCCUUCUACUAUCUCGCGCGCCGCUAUCCUCUUUCCUUCUGGCGCUACAUCAACAUCCCCGUCUUCUGUGGCGGUGUUGCCGCCAUCCCAGCAGCGUCAGCCUACAACUACGCUGCGUGGGGCCUCACUGGCUUCAUCUUCAACUUCUGGGUUCGCAGGAGACACUUCCGUUGGUGGUUGCGCUACAACUACAUUCUCUCUGCCGCGCUUGAUGCUGGCGUUGCUAUUGCCCUUAUCAUCAUCUUCUUCGCAAUCCAGUACCCAAACAAUGGUGCGGCAGGCACCAUUGACUGGUGGGGAAACACUGUAUGGCAAAAUACAAACGACGCCAUGGGCGUGCCAUGGAAAGUUUCAGAGACUGGAACUUUCGGGCCGUCAACAUGGUCAUGA